AUGCCGCCCGCACGGAUGCACACCCCCAUGCCCCCGCCACAGGAAGAAGGAUCGGAAUUGUCCGCGCUCAUUAACGGCCCUCCGACCGAGAGCUUCCGGGAUAAUCUCCGCCCUGACAAGAAGUAUAUCACUUCUUGGGCCGCAGCAGGCUGGACCAACGAUGUAAUGACUUACGCCAACCUCAUCUACCUCGGUAGUAUCACCGACCGCAUUCCUAUCAUGCCUAUGUUCACCCCUUCCCAUAUCGGCGGACAUGUUCCCCCCAUUCCGUUCGGAGAGGUCUUCGACGUACCCCGCUUCGUGAAGGAGUCCGGGAUUGAGAUUCUCGAGUGGGACGAAGUCAAGGAUCCAAACAGUGGCUUGUCGACGACCUGGGCUGUCCAGAACCGCGAGCAUUUCCCUCGUAGGAGCGCUGUGCCAGGGCAUCUCGGCCUGGACAUCUCAUACACAACAGCACCGGAAUGGAUCAAACUCAUUCCAGAGUCUGAGCACGAUAAAGGGAGCACUUUCUGGUCUCUGGCGCGUCUGAGCUUCCCUGAGGAGCGUGCACGCAACAUCGGAAAGGCCGUGCCUUCACCCCUGCACAACACGACGGUGGACCCUGACGAUCAUCUAUUGUGCUUUGAUUAUUUGUAUUAUGUCUGUGCUCAGCAGUCUUCGGAGUGGGAGCUAGACUACGCCCCCAUGUGGAGGAACGUUUUGAGACAUUUGCAUUGGACGGAACGCAUCGAGACUAUCACGCAAGUCUACCUAAGGAACAUUUUCGCCCUCCCUGACGAUACUACGAUCCCCCCGUUCAUCGCUGUACAUGCCCGUCGUGGCGAUUUUGCCACCAACCUCUGCUGGGAAGCCAAGGACCCUGCUGACUGCCUCCCACCACUCUCCGUCAUUCAACGCAGAGUCAUGGAAGUGCAGGAAGAGCUGCGUGAACGGAAGGGAUUAGAUAUUCCAGCGUCAAGGGUCAUCAUCACUGGCGACGAAAAAGACCCUGCAUGGUGGGACCAGGCUCGGGCUCUUGGCUGGAAAACAGUUGACCACGAGACUGCGGGCACCGCUCCAGUCCUCGGGGAAUGGUAUCCUCUCCUCAUUGAUGCGGCCAUUCAGUCAACUGCGGUAGGCUUCGUUGGUACACAACACUCCACGUACUCCAUUGUCUCUCGCAGACGAGUAGAGUCAUGGAACGACGGCUCGACACGUACGGUCCGGAUUGGAUACCUAGGAGCGGACGAUCACUGA